UCCAAUCCAACUCAGAUUUUGUUUUUGUUAGACCGAAAAUAAAUAAAUAAAUCAAUAUUGUGUUUUUUUUUUUCUUUCCAUUCUUCUCAUUUUCCAUGUAAAAUCCACGUGUCACAACUCAAGGAAAUUAACGACGCACAGCACAGCACAGCACUCUCUCUCUCUCGUGCCAAUGUAAUAAUGAUGGAGAGAGAUAGAGAUUAGAGAGAGAGAUGUCUGUUUACAGACUUGUCUGAAAGAAGAAAAAAAAACCUUAUUAAGAAGAAAGAGAGAAGAACGAAAGCGGAAUCUUUCUAUGUAGCCCAUAUCGGAAUCAUAGAAAUGGGUUUUUGUUUUACUGGGUGAUGUCAGAAUUUGAGGAUUAAGUUGAAUUUUGUCAAGUGUGGCGAUUUUGCAUCAGAAAGAAGGAUUGGAGAAAAGUUGAGUUUAAUAGCAGAGGUUUUUUUUAAGGUUCUUGGUGAAGUUCUUUUCUUUUUAAUUUCCUGAGAAAGCGGUUAUGUGGCUGAUAUUGAGUUGACCCCACUUCAGAAUUGCUUCCCAAUUAUUUGAGUAAUAAUACUAUAAAUCUUAUUACUCAUUUUAUUCCCCCCCUCCUGUGUAUGUGUGUAUGUGUGUGUAUUUGCUGUCAUCCUUACCAAAUUAGUUUCGUCUCCUCGGAUUUUUUUUUCUUUCUUAUCCGGAGAUUUAGUUUUUCUGUUUUUGCAAGAAUUGAAUUGUUGAUAUUGAGGGGUUUGAUGAAAAUUGGGGGAUUGAAUAAUUAGUUGAAAAAAAAAAGAUGGCAUCUGGGAUGGAAUCUGAUGAAGGGGGUGAAACAAAGGGAAGUAUGUGGGUUUUGGAGCAGAAGCUUGAUCAGCCUAUGGAUGAAGAGGCUGGUAGAUUAAAGAAUAUGUAUAGAGAAAAGAAAUUCUCGGCGAUUUUGCUGUUAAGGCUUGCAUUUCAGAGCCUGGGAGUGGUGUAUGGUGACUUGGGUACAUCUCCAUUGUAUGUGUUCUACAAUACUUUUCCUCACGGAAUAGACGAUCCGGAAGAUGUAAUUGGAGCUCUUUCGUUGAUUAUAUACUCCCUCACUCUCAUACCUCUCCUCAAAUACGUUUUUAUUGUAUGUAGAGCAAACGACAAUGGUCAAGGAGGAACAUUUGCUCUUUAUUCACUACUUUGUCGGCACGCUAAAGUGAAAACAAUUCCGAAUCAACAUAGAACCGACGAGGAGCUGACAACUUAUAGCCGAACAACAUUUCACGAGCAUUCGUUUGCUGCUAAAACUAAGAAGUGGCUCGAGGCAGAUGCUUUUAGAAGGAACUCCCUUCUUAUGCUUGUACUCAUAGGUACAUGCAUGGUCAUCGGUGAUGGAAUUCUUACACCUGCUAUCUCCGUUCUUUCUGCUUCUGGGGGGAUCAAGGUGGACCAUCCAAAGAUGAGCAAUGAUGUGGUUGUACUGAUGGCUGUGUUCAUACUAGUUGGUUUGUUCAGCAUGCAACACUACGGUACGGAUAAAGUCGGUUGGUUAUUUGCUCCAAUCGUACUUAUUUGGUUCAUCAUGAUUGGAGGCAUUGGUAUUUUCAACAUAUAUAAAUACGACAGCUCUGUACUCAAAGCGUUUUCGCCUCUCUACAUAUAUCGUUACCUUAAAAGAGGGAAGAAAAAAGGUUGGACCUCACUUGGAGGGAUCAUGCUUAGCAUCACAGGGACAGAAGCACUGUUUGCUGACCUGGCUCAUUUCCCGGUUUCUGCGAUACAGCUUGCUUUUACGGUUGUUGUGUUUCCUUGUCUUCUUCUAGCCUACUCUGGGCAAGCAGCAUACCUCAUGGAAAAUAGAGACCAUGUACAAGAUGCAUUUUACCGAUCAAUUCCAGACAAAGUAUAUUGGCCAGUAUUUAUAAUUGCAACAUUAGCUGCCAUUGUAGCUAGUCAAGCCACAAUAUCUGCCACUUUUUCGAUAAUCAAGCAGGCACUUGCACUCGGCUGUUUUCCUAGAGUCAAAGUUGUGCACACAUCGAAAAAGUUUCUUGGCCAGAUUUAUAUUCCCGACAUAAAUUGGAUCCUUAUGGGCCUUUGUAUUGCCGUAACUGCCGGUUUCAGAAAUCAAAGUCAAAUCGGCAAUGCUUACGGUACGGCGGUUGUGAUUGUCAUGCUAGUGACAACUCUUCUCAUGAUACUAAUAAUGCUACUGGUUUGGCACUGCCAUUGGAUCCUCGUACUGCUCUUCACAUUCUUCUCCCUACUCGUGGAAUGCACCUACUUCUCAGCAGUACUUUUCAAGGUUGACCAAGGCGGGUGGGUCCCGCUCGUUAUCGCAGCCGCCUUCCUCGUAAUAAUGUACGUGUGGCAUUACGGUACGGUUAAACGCUACGAGUUCGAAAUGCACAGCAAGGUCUCCAUGGCUUGGAUAUUAGGCUUGGGCCCGAGCCUAGGCCUGGUCCGUGUGCCAGGAAUUGGGCUUGUGUACACCGAGCUGGCAAGUGGGGUCCCACAUAUAUUCUCCCACUUCGUCACUAAUCUGCCAGCUAUACACUCAGUGGUGGUGUUUGUGUGUGUGAAGUACCUUCCGGUCUACACAGUUCCGGAAGAAGAAAGAUUCCUUGUGAAACGUAUCGGACCGAAGAGCUUCCACAUGUUCCGUUGCGUAGCGAGAUUUGGCUACAAAGAUCUUCACAAGAAAGACGAUGAAUUCGAGAAGAAAUUGUUUGAUAAUCUUUUCAUGUUUGUUAGGUUAGAAUCUAUGAUGGAAGGUUGUUCGGAUUCCGAUGAGUACAGUUUGUACGGUCAGCAAACACAACGGUCGAGGGAGUAUUUGUUGAAAGAUAACGGCGAGACUUCUACUUCGAAUCUAGACCUCACCGUAUCCUCGGUGGACUCAAUAGUGCCAGCUAGAUCGCCGGUGCAUGGUAACAAUACAAUGACUUCGUCCGGGAGAGAGAGCAGCCAUACGGAGGUUGAUGAGUUGGAGUUUCUGAGUGGUUGUAGGGAUGCCGGGGUGGUGCAUAUUCUGGGGAAUACGGUAGUUAGGGCAAGGCGGGAAUCGAGGAUUUAUAAGAAGAUAGCUAUUGAUUACAUAUAUGCGUUUCUUAGGAAGAUUUGCAGGGAGAAUAGUGUCAUUUUUAAUGUGCCUCAUGAGAGCCUUUUGAAUGUUGGCCAGGUUUUCUUUGUAUGAAAUAAAUAUUUUUUUUGUUUGUUGUAGCAAGUAAUAAACAGGGACCUUUUUUUGUUGAUCCUACUCAUUAAUUAAUUAAUUAUUAAGGUCGUUG